AUGAUGAAGCUUUGUUGUUGGAUACAAUGGAUGACAACUUGGAAGAUACGGAAUAGUCGUUUUCUUACAACUCCAAAGAGAAUUGUUUUAUCACGCACUGAAAACUCCGUUGGCACUCGUCAACUUACUCAGUUGAAACCAGUUUGUUGUUUCUCUAAAGCAAAGAAUGACGAAACCAAACCCUGUACACCGUUCUUUCCUCGUUGUUGGAGUUAUACGCGGUUUCAUAAACUCGAUGAUGAACAACUUCUGAGACUAAGAGAUGAAGAACAACGAACUUGGUCGGAAAUAUCUACUGAGAUGGGAAGAAGUAUCAGUAGUUGUCUAUCUAGAUAUCAACUACUAAAAAGUAAAGAACCUACCAACUUGCAUUUUACAAGGGAAGAAGAUUUGAAACUAAAACAACUAGUAACACAAGGUCUUUCUUGGGUAGAAAUUGCAAAACAACUGAAUAAGCCAUUUCCUUAUGUAUGUAAACGAAGAUAUGAAGAUACAUUGAAGAAUGAAAAUAGAAGAGGAGAAUUCACAGAAGAAGAAGAUUCCAAGAUUGUGGAGUUGGUACAGAAAUAUGGAGCCAAAUGGAAUCUUAUUGCUCAAGAGUUGGGUACGCGUACAGCUCAUCAAUGUUUAUUGAGAUAUGAAAGAGUAUUGCGACCUUUUUUGAAAAAAGGAGCUUUUCGAGAAGAAGAAGAUAUUCUACUGUUGAAACUUUUUGAGAAAUAUGGUCCUCAAUGGUCCAAAAUAGAGAAGGAAAUGUCUUGGAGGUCUUCUGUUCAAAUAAGGAAAAGAUAUUAUACUUUGGAAGACCAAGCCAAAAGAAAUAAGAAUCCAUGGACUAGAGAGGAAGAAGAGAAGUUAAUUGCUUUAUUUGAAAAGUAUGGAAGAAAGUGGACAGAAAUAGCUAAAGAAAUGGGAAAUCGAACCGCGAGCCAAUGCAUGUAUCAAUUAUCCGAGUGUAUGGAACGCGGUGAAUUGGAGAAAAUAUUGAGUUGGACAAGAGAACGUGAUCAAGAAUUGAAGGAAUGGGUUGAGUUGUAUGGAAACCAUUGGAUAUAUAUUUCCAGAAGAAUGAAAUAUUUUAGUCCUCGUCAAUGUGAAGAACGUUGGAUACAAAUGACUUGUGUGAAUAAUAGUGGUGGGGGAAGUUGAUGGAGGCUUUUAUUUUCAGUAAGAGUCAUAAUAAUAUAAAGAGAAACCCAAAUGUAUGGCAUAAGAAACAAUGCAACUUGAGA